AUGAUGCUUCGGAAGCAGCUUCUCCUUGUGCCGUACAAAGCGGCUUCGCCGAAAACACAUCACUUGACAUGGGCAGGGCGAAAGCCACUCGGCGCGGGCACUUUUGGCGAAGUUUGGUCAAUCGAAUACAGCACUCUUUUGCACUGUCAACGGAAAACGGGCGAAAAGCAUUUACUCGACGUGCGCAUAUGCGAUUUCGGCUCGGCGAGGCAUUUUGAGCACACGACGACUUUCCCGGUUGAAGGCGGCUCGGAGGGGACAGAGAUGUAUUGGGCUCCGGAGACGUUCUACGAACGGAAGACCUGCCAUCGGACCGAUAUCUUCCAGCUUGGUACCGUGCUCUAUGAAUUGGUGGAACGGAGCAAUUGCCUUUUGAAUGAAGAGUCCGGAGAGCCGCCACUGCUAUCUUGUGAUGGAGAGAUCCAAAAGCUCGUCUACAUCUGUACACGGUCUUCCUAUGAGCAACGAGCGAGUCACGCACAAGAGGUGGAAGCAAGGCUUGACGCCAUGCUGCAGGCUUGUCAGCAGAACGGCGCGGGACUAGAACUGGAAGUGGAAGAACUGAGCGGACGUGGCCAAGAUGCUCCAGAGACACCGACUGGAGUGAGGCCGCCACAAACACCUGACUUCAGUUGGCUUUUCCAGCCCCUUACAAACAAUCUAGCGGCGGAGACAUUUACGGAGCGAAUCAAGGGCGACGCCGGGUGCGAGGAUGCCGAUUUUCACAGGCAAUACUUUCGAGAAUCGGGGAAAUACGACGGCCUGAGCCAAAUCGAUUUGCAAAUUGGCCAGAUUGUGGAUCAACAUAUGACGAACUAUGCUAAUUUGAACUAUGCUGGACUUUUGAAAUCUGAAAGCGAAAUGCAAAGGCCAUCACACAAUCUGAGAUUUGACAUGUCUGACAAUCAGCGUUUUGAGGAGAUGCUCAUCGCCGAUUCCAACUACCAAGCCAAGCUCUUCGAGCAGAUCUUCGAGGUGUUAAUUGAUACGGCAAAAGUGCCAAAAGUGCCAAAAGUGCCCAAAAGUUCUCGGAAUCUCAACUCGGAGACUCAUUUCAGCUACGGGUGCUGGGAUUUGUUCGAGUUGUUGGAAGAAAGACGUGAAAGCCUUGUGAAAUUCAUCGAAUUCGGCUAUUUGAUCGAGUUUGAAUUUGAUUGCUUCAUCAUUCGAACGAAUUCCGGUCCAAAGCCAUGUACUUUCUUGGCAGGUGACCAUACGGGGAGUUUGUUCAAAUAUGAAGAAAAUGGAGUCAAGGUUUUGUUUUAUUUGGAAGGGGAGACUAAAAGUGAACGAAUACUGGCCAACCCGCCGCGGACCACGAUCGGUUGCGUGGAGUUACAAGAGUUGGUGGCCAAUGGAAUGAAACAGUUGCACAAGGCAACAAUAUCCUAUCACAGUUCCUUGAACAAGGAGUUCCGUUUUGAAGUAGAGAACUACACGUUUCGGCUGAAGUGGCCACCGAGUCAUAAACACAAUUGCAACGGUUUCAUUCCAAGUCAGCUAAUUCAAAAACCUGGCUUUCCGAAAGAGAUCAGUCCUUCAGAAAGAAUCGGAAUCUGCAGGUGUAUCCAAGGGUGUCCGGAAAGCGAAUCGUUGAUCGAGGUGUACACGAAAAUCUGUAAAUUGUUUUUUUUCGUGAAGCGGAAAGGGGUGAAGAUGUUAAAGACACCGUACGAGGGACGGCCUUUGAAGAUUCGCUUUGACGAGAUUCGGCAACACCACGAUUGGCGUUUCCAUUGGCACGAGACAGAAAAACGGCUGAUACUCGAUCAUCCGGAAAGCUAUGACCAAUCUAGCAUUGAGAUGUCGUUUGAUUGUGAUCAUGUCGAUCAUGUCAUGUCAAUCAUGUCGAUUGAUUGUCAUUAUGGCUUUGAAUGCUUACCUGUAUCAGAGAAUCAAUUGGAGAAACAACGAAAGACACUCGGCGUUCACGAGCUGUUCAAUGUGAACCAACAUCCCAAUGAGAACAUAUUUUUCAGGUUUGGCCCAAAU